CCUUACAAUGUGCCUGUGAUACUGGGAGGAGAAUGAAUGGUCAUGUAAAGAGUAUGCAUUUUCAACGGUUUAUGGAAGCAGUAACAACUUUACUCUCUCUCCUGCUGGUUAUGGCUUUUGAUUCAUCAAGAACUGUGGCAGCAAGCAGAAACCAGCAGUGUGGGGAUUCUGUGCAGAAGAGUUUGAAGCUGAGCAGACUCUUACAGAAGGAAUCUGUCGACCUAAUCAAAACAUAUAAAGCCUCUCAAGGAGAAAUGUCAGAGCUUUUCUGCAAGGUGUCUGUAAACAACGUCCCCGACCCCAACAUCUCCGGCCUUGAGCCCUCAGAGAAGAUAGCGAGCAUCUACACGCAUCUCCAAGAGUUCUUCCCACAUUUUAAAUGGGUGUACGAGCAGCAGACAGACUUACAGUUACCCACGAGCCCACUGCUGAGCGACCUGAGUCGAUUCACAGCUGGCAGCAGGAACCUGGCAUAUCUCAUAAACAACUUCUAUCAGAGCCUCUUCCCAAACGUGCCUUUACCAGAGGGGGGGCCCACAACACUACCACCACCUCAGAACGUCUUCCAGCAGAAGGUCUACGGCUGCGUGGUGCUGAAGACCUUCAAGGAGCUCCUGUCAAAUGUUUCCAGAGAACUGAGGAGUCUAAAAAGCCAAGUGUGCAGAACGAGGACACACACCAACACACUCUUCCGAGGAUGGCCUAAGGCUGGCCUUAGAAAGUCCGUUUAACAACACUGGGUUAAAAAAAAGACUUUAAAAGGGAGGAUGAAGGUGGCUGCAUCAAUGUAAUGAAGCCUAUUUAUGGUAUUUAUUAUUUAUUUGUUUGUUUCUGAUGAGAUACAUGCUGUUAAAAUAGAGUAAAGUUAUGUCUCUGCAAUAUAUGUAUAUUUAAGUUGUCUAAUAUGUUAUGUUAGGUUCUACUUUGCUGUUUUGCUGUAUACAGAAUUAUUAAAUGAUGCU